AUGACCGAGAAUGUCAGGACAUAUCUAAGAAUCAAGCCGCAAGCGAUUCCAGAAGGAAUUACUGUGACUAGAGACACAAUAAAGAUAGAUGGGAAUGAGUUUGGAUUUGACAGGGUUUUCAGAAAUUCAACACAGCAAGAGGUUUUCCAGGAAAUUUCAAAGAGUCUACUUGUGGAAUGUAUGCAGGGAUACAACUGCACGUUGUUUGCAUAUGGGCAGACAGGAAGCGGAAAGACAUACACCAUUCAAGGAAAUGAUCACAACAUGGGGAUAGUGCAGCGAUCACUGGACUUUCUUCAUAGACAUACAGGACUUAAGGUGUCUCUAUCGUUUGUGGAGAUAUACAAUGAAGUGAUGUUUGAUUUGCUUGAUACAAAUGCUAUGCUGUCUAUAAGAGAGGACCCAUGUGCAGGUGUUGUUGUUGACAACCUGACUGUUGUUGAGUCAAGUGGCUAUGAAGAAAGCAUGGAAUUGUACACGCGUGGAUUGAAGAUAAGGAAGAUUUCGUCGACAACGAUGAAUAAAGAAAGCAGCAGGAGCCAUUGUGUUUUGAUGGUGUAUCUCCGUAAUGAAUGUGAUAUUGUGCAUAGAGCAUCGAAGCUGUGCUUUGUUGAUCUUGCAGGGUCUGAGAGACUGAGAGAAAAGGAGAUUGAGGAGCUGCGAAUGAAGGAAGCAAUGAACAUCAACAAAUCGUUAUUGUGUCUUGGAAAGGUGAUAAAUAAGCUGAGUGGGGAUGUGGAUGGACACAUUGGCUAUAGAGAAUCUAAGCUUACUUUUCUUUUGAAAGACUCACUUGGUGGAAACUGCAAACUGACUGUUAUUGGCAAUGUUUCUCUGGAGAAUCGAAGCGAUAGUGUGGGAACGAUGAAUUUUCUACAGAGAUCUCGAAUGAUCAAGAACCCAGCAACAGUGAAUUCUGAUGUGAAUGGAGAGCUAGAAGAAGUGAAGAACAAACUGAAGGAUCUAGAUGUAGAGAACCAGAGUUUGAAGGCAAAAAUAGCAUUAAUGGAUAUCCGGCCAUGUGAGAUACCGACUGGGAUGCUGCAUUUCCAAUAUGAGAUUAGUGAGAUAAGCAAGGUUGUUAAUGAUGCAAUAGGUGAUCUGGAAUGCCUAGAGCGAGAGGUUGCAAAAAUAUCUGGGCAUGACUUCGAUGUGAAUAGAAAGCUUUUACUUGAUAUACAUGAGUAUUUUGUAAACAUAUCAAGUAGCAGAAGACGCCAGGUUGAAUUGAUGAUGAAGCGGAAGGGAGAUGAUGAACGCUAG